CAAGAUAUUUAAAUGGAACACAUUCCCCUUUAAGUACAGCUGCACCAAACAGAUGACGCAAUUAUGUGAACUAAAACUGUAUUUCCUGCCAAAUUAGUAUGAAGUCACCAUUCUUUGGCGGGCUUUUUAAACUACAAAUUAGAAAGUAUUUUACAUCUUGCAGUUGUGCAGUUGGGGAUAUCAAGACUGUGAAAUCUUUCUCGAGUUUGUGGAUAAUAAGCCAGAAUCAACAUUCUCCCAAAGGCGAUGUCUCUGCUUCAAGGAGUGAAUGAAAUGGAUCCUAACUUUGCCUCUUAUUUUGUUAGAUAUGGAAGUUACACUGACAGGCUGGUGACACCAGGGAGAGCCUAUCCAAGAGUUGUACCAGUGAAAUAUUUUCAUCCAUAUGGUUGGAAAGUGCAUCUUUCAAGCACAAACAGUGUGUCACAGUAUCCCAGCUUCACCUCCAGUGCUAUCAGAUAUGGAAAUUAUACUGACAGGCUAUUGCCAGGAGUGAAAGUCUGUCGAAAGAUUGUACCAAUGAAAGUCGAGCCAAAUCCCAUUCCAAAUUUUUUGAAAUGGCUUCUUUCAGAAACAGAUGAUGAGACACCGAUUAAAACCACAUCUCCAGAAACACAGCAUUAUUUCACUAACUUUUCAAAACCUCAGACUCAACUGCUUUAUGACAUCUCACAAGAAGACAGCUGGGGUUAUCUAGACAGUAAAAUCCUUUCUAAGUUCCUGGAUACAGAGGUGCGCAUUCCAAAGAACAGUACUAAAAAGGCAUUGCAUAACGUAAUCCCCAAAAUGCAAGCCGUACUUCAAGUAGUGAAUAAACAGGAUCCCAGAUUCAGCUCUGAGUUAGUCAGCUCUGGAAGUUACAAUGACAAGCUGCAGGUGGGGGACCCAGAUGAAUUUGAUUUUCUGGUACCACUGGAAGAUUUUCCAAAAAUCUUUCCAACGGAUACAAAUGAUAUACCAGAAUAUGCUGCAGACAGAGACAGGGUGCCAGUAGUUGUAAAACAGAAUUAUGCUUUCCUACUGGAAGAUGGAGCAGCCAGUCUAUUUUCAUGGAACUCAAAAGAUGUAUCUGACCACAUGGAUAUAAAUACGUACUUGGUAAACCCUGUUAAGGUUAUGUCCCUUUUUAAGAAGUACAUACGGAAAGCUGUGAAGCAUUUGGAACUAACAGACAACUGCAUCAGCAGCUUCGCUUACUGCACCUCUUGGCCUGGAAAAAUCUUGAGAUGCACUCAUUCCAAAUGGCAAGUAUUCCAACACUAAUGACCAAACGGACUCCUGAAUAUGUUUAGAAAUUGAGAUUUUUCAUCAAGAAGUGUCAACCAGUGUUUUCAUCAAGCUUGCUGAUCCCUUUUGUAUUUGCAAACUUAUGGUUGAGCCCUGCAACACUUUGGAUUUUGUCUGAACAUUUCUAUAAACCAGUACUUCAUUUCUGGAGAUCAGGACAUAUACCUACAGAACGAUCCUUUCAGUGCCAAAUGCAGGUCUGGAAUGCUUAACAAUCCUAUUCAGCUCCGACUGCAGUUUGUCCUUGAUGUGUAUGUUGGACUUUCUUUGUGGGUCCACAAACAGUUUUUUGUCUUGCUUUACAAUGAGUUUAGCUGUUGCACUAAAGCUAGCAAUAUUGUCAAAAUUGUUUGGACAUGCCUCUUUUAAAUCAGAUAUGUCUUUAAGAAAUAAAUAUUACUGUGUUUCCCGUUA